UGGUACAGGUUCACUUCACAGCUUUUGUCCCAUAGGCAGCCAGCACCGCUUCCUCAUCUUCCUGCUCCCCGCUCGUGUUGGACCUACCCCAUGGCGGCGCAUCUCCGGCCCUAGCAGAGCCCGCCGCGCUCCAUCUCCGGCGAGCCGGAGCUUAUCCUCCUGCCAGCCCGCCCUCCAUCUCCCGCGAGCCUCCGCCGCUGCCGCUGCCAGUUCUCCGGGAUUCGCCGCCGCCACGGAGAUUCCCCGCUCUCCUCCAGGCUGCACAGCGGCCAAGCCAUCGCCACCUCCUCUGAGAAGGUGGCACUGCAUGAUACCAGCUGAGUUAAUCCCACUAUGACCAGCCUAAAGGCCCAAUAUGCUAGACUGAGGCAACAUGCAGCUCCAUCUCGCUCACUCUAGCACCCAGCCGCCCCUUGCACCACGCCUCCGGCCGCCGCCUGGAUUUUCGUCGAUACCGGCCGUAUCCGCUACCGCGACCAUCCCCAUCUCCUCCCCAUUAUCAGGUGAUUGCAAGAGGCAGCAAAGACCACGUUAUGAAGUCUUGAGGAGUGAGGACAUGAGGUAAUCUGGUUGGUAAAGUGCGUAAUUUACUACUGUAUAAGUGCACAUUCUUGUUGAGGAUGACAAAGGAAAACCUUAAAGACAAGCACAUAUGUGAAGAGGACAAGGAGGAAGAAGAAGAGUAUAUCUUGCUAGAGUUGGAUGACUGCCUUUAUUCUGACAUACAACCAAAUGCCCCAUAUAUACUCUCUAUUGUGCCUUUGGGUGUUAUUUGUGCUAACAAUUGGUCUAUACAUGUCAAACGUGGCACCCCUGGUGAUAAGAUCCUAGAUCCGCCACUGAUGCCCCCUACUGUGCACAGACUUGUGCACUUUACUACCUUGGGUUUGGAUACAUUGACUCCUACCUUGGUAGUAGGCGAUGGCCUGAAGAUGAUUGGAGAAUACGAAGAAACUGUCGGCACAUGUUAUUUGUUUUCAGAAAGUGAUGCUCCACCAAAACCCAUUUGUGACGAGGCGGCACUUGCCCAAGGAAACAAGGACAAGCAAGCAAGCAUUAGCAAGGAUGGAAUGAAGGAAGUACCACCCAAGGAGGUGAAACAUCUUGCGAGCGUCCAAAAGAUCCUCAAGUUCCGGUCAAUCAAUGAGGAUUAUCAGCAGCACAGAGCAUGAUGUACAAUUUUGUACUAAAUCCAAGACACUUAUUAUGGAUCGGAGUGAGUAGCUGCUUUCCCUUGGACGCCUGCAAUGUACAGCAAGUAACCCUGUUGACCCUUCAAACAGAACACCAGGAUGUUACUACAUUUUAACCUUGAUUAUACUCUAUUUUGAAUUCACUUUGAACACAUGAUUCUGGCGA